AUGUGCUACUACGGCAGCUACUAUGGAGGCCUGGGCUGCGGCUAUGGAGGCUUUGGUGGACUAGGCUAUGGUGGUGGCUGUGGUGGUAGCUGUGGAUGUGGUGGCUAUGGCUAUGGCUCUGGCUAUGGUGGAUAUGGAUAUGGCUCUGGUGGCUACGGAUGUGGCUGCUACCGCCCAUGCUGCUGGGGAGGAUACGGAUUCUCCAACUUCUACUGA